UAACUAAUUUAUCGUAAAGACACGUCAGUGUUGAAUCCAUGUGUGAAAUAUUAAUAAACAAUUAUAUUAUUACAGUUCUGCCAAGAUGGCAGGCAUUAAAUUGAGUGUAGUAUUUAUUGCUUUCGUAAUUAAUGUGAUACAUUGUCAAGUUAUAGUUGAUACUAGUUUGGGUAAAGUUGAAGGUAUUGAAAUUAAGUCUAUCGUAAAAGAUGAGAAGUUUUACUCGUUUAUGGGUAUCCCGUAUGGAAAGGCGCCGAUUGGGGAAUUGAGAUUUAAGGCACCCGAGCCACAUGAAGGCUGGACUGAAGUCCUGAGCGCAAAGAAAGAACCCAAACCAUGCGCGCAACUAAACCUUCCAGUAAGACCGUUGAAAAAGUACGGAUUCAGCGGACAAGAAGACUGUCUGAAACUCGGAAUACACACACCAAAACUACCAGAAAAUGAAGACCUUAAAAUGCCAGUCAUAGUGUUCCUUUACAACGAAUAUUUCAAAGUCUCACACAACAGCACCAGAGAUUUUGGACCUGAUUUCAUCGUAAGGGAAAAUGUUGUCUUCGCAUCAAUCAACCACAGAAUUGGGUCUCUUGGUUUCCUAGCUUUUGAAGACGAAAUACUACCUGGAAACAACGGCUUAAGAGACAUAAUUCUUGGUCUGAAAUGGAUUAAAGAAAACGUUCACAAGUUUGGCGGAGACCCAGACAAUAUCACUUUAAUGGGUAUCGAAGGAGGGGCGACUCUAGUUGAAAUUUUACUCAGCUCGCCUAAAGCCAAGGGUCUCUAUAAUAAAGCCAUACUUCAAAGUGGAACUAUUUACAAUUCCAUCUCUCUCCCAACGAAGCCUAAGGAGAAAGCAAAUGCAUUAGCUAAACAAUUAGAAAAGACAGCUGUAACCUCCUCAAACCUGAUCAGUGAGUUAUCGCACGUGUCUGCAAUGGAACUUGUGUCUGCAGAACUUUUGUCAGUAGAUGCUGAUGAAGGUAGAGACACACAAAUGGCUUCCGUGCCUUUCGGGCCUGUGGUAGAACCAGACCAUCCUGACGCAAUCAUGACUAGUAUGCCUGAAGACACCCCAGUCGACAUGGACGUACCGAUCAUGAUCGGUUACAAUUCAAGAGAAGGCAUUGGAAUGGCCGAACGUUACCUUCGUAAACCUCAAUAUCUGACAUUCGCCGAAAGAGAUUUCCUUCUAAUCCUCUCCACUCGAUCUGGCUUCCAUUUGGAACUCAACUCCGAGAUAUACAAAGCAGCUGAGGCUGAAAUCAAAGACUUUUACUUCGAAGAGGGCUACGUGAAGAUCAGUAAACCUGGUGAAUACCUGACUUAUAUAGCUGAUGUGAUGACCUUCUAUCCUAUAGACUACGCUUUAAGGCGAUACGCCAAUGAAUCCAAUGCUCCAGUAUAUUAUUACUUGUUCGAUUACAGUGGAGAACUGAAUUUGAGGAAGAAUGAAGUCCUAGAUGGUGCUCUGACGAUGGAAGGAACUUGGGGAGCGAAUACUGGAGAUGAACUUUGUUAUCUUUUCGUUUGUAAGCAAAUCAGAAAGACCUAUAAGAAGAUACUAUCAGAUGAAGACGCUGAAGAACUGAACGUAAUUAGGAAUAUGGUGAAACUGUGGACAAACUUCGCUAAAUCUGGUAACCCAACACCAGAAGGCAGCCCUGUCAAAUGGGUUCCAGCGACCCCUGAAAACAAAGAGUGCAUGGUCAUCAGUGAUGAACUGGAAGUUAAAACUAAACUCUACGAAGAUAGGAUACAAUUCUGGGAGAACUUUAUAGCAAAAUACAAAGCAAUGGCCGUCGAAGGAGUCGUUAGAGAUAAGAAAGAUGAACUAUAAGUGAGGGGAAAGAACAAUGUGUAAAUAUUUGAAUAAAUUAAAUGAAAUUUUCUAUUUUUAA